AAAUAAAAUGCACAACUCUAAAUCACCGCUUAAUUAGACUACACAGAGUACGAAACAGGACAAAUAUAACUCUGUUGCAUCCCGACCACAGCAUAGGAAGUGGUGUCUCUGUAGCUGUCAAGGCGUAAUGACGCUACUGUAGAAUAUACACUCACCAGGCAUAUUUGCUAUUGUUUUACAAACCUUAGACCUUUAUUUUGAAAGUCUGAACUAGACGUGUUACUCCAGUCUGUUAGACUUGACCCUGGUGUUGCUAAGGCGUAAGCUCCAUAGCAACCGAGUCACCAGAAAGGAAAAGUUUAGAUAUUAGGAUUUUAUCUUUUUAUACCAGAGGAUACCUGCUGAAGAUGGCGCAUCUCUUCCAUGAACGGAGGAUGGAGACAUAAGCAUAAAAAUGCCAGCAACAAAAGUCAUCAAGCCAAAACCAGUGGAGGCGACGAAAAGAGCGGUGGAGAAAUCCAAACCGGUGAAGGCGAAGGCGGUGAACAGAGGAGAAAGUGAACUCGGAGUGCCCACGGUGCGUAAAGGCCGCGCGUCAAGCUGUCCGAGGUGUCCGCAGCGGGACAGGUGUGAGGGGGCCUCAGCCUCCAAACCGAGCUGUGAGAGGAGAGCCAGGGCUGCCUCCGCUGCUCCCAAACCCACUGCACACUGGGCCAGAACAAACCCGGACUACCGGGGGCCGACCAGCACCCUGAAACACCCCGCCGUUGUUAACCCAAAAUGCCGGGAAACGACCACCUGUCCGGGUCAGCGGGAGCAGCGCAGCGUCAGGGCCGAGACAAAGUAUGCAAGUCAGAGUCACAAAGCUUUCACCGUCAUCCCCCCGAACCCCAAGAAGAGACGAGAGAUCCAGAGGAAGGCGGAGGCCGAGCUCGCUGCGUUAGAGGAGCUGCGGCUGAGCAGAGCGAUGGCUUACGUAUCCAUCAACCCCAGCAGUGUUGGUGGCUGCAUGAGUCUGGAGGAAGUACGUCUGAAGCAGCAGCAGGAAAUGAUGCAGGCGAAGAGGAAACAGAAACCGAUGAAGCAGCAGGUGAUGGAGGAAACACCUGUCCUGACGAGCUGAGCGUCACCUCUCCUCUCCUGUCGUCGUCUCUGCUGGCAGCUCAACGCCUCGCUGUGUCUGCAGCACAGAAAUCACAGUGUUAAACUGGAUUAAAAGCCCUUAUUUUACUAAGAAAUCCUAAUUAAAACCUGUAUUGUACAUUA